AUGGCGUUGAGCAUACGUUACUGCAAUGGUGUUGGUGAUAAAACGGUGUUAGCUAGUCUUGGUAGUCAUGACUUCAGACAAGCUGUGUUUGAUGUUUGUCUACAUGUGGUCAGAGGGAACCUAAAACAAGAACAGGCUGUACAUGCCUUUGCAGACCUCAAGGAUCAUUUCCCUGAUUUUGUUUCCUUGGUGGUGGAUGUUCUUGGACUAUUAGGUGCCAGGGACAGAUUUUAUAGUUUAGUUCAAACUUUUUCUCUGAGUUUUGAUUGUGAAUCUCUACUGAAGUCAAGAUUGGAUCAUGAUACGCUUGAGAAUGCUGGACUUGUACCAAACAAAACUGUUUUCACACAGAAACAUGUGAAAAUAAAGACAAGACUUUAUUACAAACAGCAGAAGUUUAACCUGCUACGAGAAGAAAGUGAAGGAUACUCAAAGCUUGUGACAGAACUAAAUCAGGAAAUUACAGAAAAGCUAACACCGGAAGUUGUCUUACAGAAUAUAAAAUCCUUAAUUGGUUGUUUCAACUUGGAUCCAAAUCGUGUGAUAGACAUUUUACUGGAAUCAUUUGAAAAUCGUCCUGAGUUGGAGGAUUUCUAUGUGCCAUUAAUACAGGCAUAUGUGAAGGACAAUAUUACUCUGUGUCAUUGUCUUGGGUUUAAGUUUCAAUUCUUUAAGGAUGAUGAAACACCAAUGUCUUUGUUCAAGCUUGCAGCCUUGUUGAUGAAAAAUGAACUGGUUCAAUUGGAUACAUUAUACCCACAUCUAUAUCCCCCAGACAGCACUAUCACAGAACACAGUAAGAAAGAAAUGAAUGAUGCUAAACAGUAUGCCAGAAAACUGAUGGUUGUCAAUCUGUCUGACAAGGCAAAUGAGGACAAGAAAAAAGAGGAAGACGCCAUCAAAAUUGAUCCUCACAAGAAUAAUCAGAAGCUGGGCCUAGUUGAAGCUCUGUUGAGUAUAGGAGCAUGGGAGAAGUCAAAAUCAAUCUUAGAUAGACUACCAGAGUUCUUCGGUACCACAUACAAGCCUGUAGCUGCAGCACUGUGUGCCCUCAUACAUACAGUCAUGGAUCCUGUGUACAGAAAGUAAAUAGUGUUAUAUACUGUGAAG